AUGUCCGCCAAGUCUAUCCUCGAGGCCGACGGCAAGGCCAUCCUCAACUACCACCUCACCCGCGCUCCCGUCAUCAAGGCCUCUCCUCUUCCCGUCCCCACCAAGCACAACCCUCCCCCCAGGUUGUGCUCUCUGCACUUCCCCGAGGACGCCAACGUCGAGGAUGUCCUCAACCAGGCCGAGGUCACCUACCCCUGGGUUCUCCAGCCCGGUGUCAAGUUCGUCGCCAAGCCCGAUCAAUUGAUCAAGCGCCGUGGCAAGAGCGGUCUCCUGGCCCUCAACAAGACCUGGCCCGAGGCUCGCGCCUGGAUCGCCGAGCGUGCUGGUAAGGAGCAGAAGGUCGAGACCGUCACUGGUGUCCUGCGCCAAUUCCUCGUCGAGCCCUUCGUUCCCCACCCUCAAGACACCGAGUACUACAUCAACAUCAUGUCCGUCAGAGAUGGCGACUGGAUUCUCUUCACCCACGAGGGUGGCGUUGAUGUCGGUGAUGUUGACGCCAAGGCUGAGAAGCUCUUGAUCCCCGUCGACCUUUCACAAUACCCUUCCAACGACGAGAUCGCCGCGUCUCUGUUGAAGAAGGUCCCCAAGGGUGUUCACAACGUGCUGGUCGACUUCAUCACCCGGUUGUACGCCGUCUACGUCGAGUGCCAGUUCACCUACCUCGAGAUCAACCCCCUCGUUGUCAUCCCUAACGAGGAUGCCACCUCCGCCUCUGUGCACUUCCUCGAUCUUGCUGCCAAGCUCGACCAGACUGCCGACUUCGAGUGCGGUGUCAAGUGGGCUAUUGCCCGCUCCCCUGCCGCUCUCGGUCUGACCAACGUCGCCGCCGCCAACGGCGAGAAGGUCAACAUCGAUGCCGGCCCGCCAAUGGAGUUCCCCGCUCCCUUCGGUCGUGAGCUGACCAAGGAGGAGGCCUACAUUGCCGACCUUGAUGCCAAGACCGGUGCCUCCCUCAAGCUUACCGUCCUCAACCCCAACGGACGUAUCUGGACUCUGGUCGCUGGUGGUGGUGCUUCCGUCGUCUACGCCGAUGCCAUUGCCUCUUCUGGUUUCGCCGACGAGCUCGCCAACUACGGUGAGUACUCUGGUGCUCCCACCGAGUCUCAGACCUACCACUACGCCCGCACCGUCCUCGACCUCAUGCUCCGCGCUCCCCUGACCGACGAGGGCAAGGUCCUCUUCAUUGGUGGUGGUAUUGCCAACUUCACCAACGUCGCCAGCACAUUCAAGGGUGUCAUCCGCGCCCUUCGCGACUACGCCAAGCAGCUCAACGAGCACAAGGUCCAGAUCUGGGUCCGUCGUGCCGGCCCCAACUACCAGGAGGGUCUCAAGAACAUGAAGGCUGCCACCCAAGAACUUGGCCUGAACGCCAAGAUCUUUGGCCCCGAGAUGCACGUCUCCGGUAUCGUGCCCCUGGCCCUCGUCCCCGGCAGAUGGGAGGCCAGUGGCGCUGAGGAGUUCAGAGGUUAA